CGGUCUCGUAGUGAGCUAGCGCGAGGCUGUGUAGUCUUCUAUUGAGAGGAAGCGUGAAGCCAUAGUGCGACUACCGAGAAGAUACGCUUGGGCAAACAAUAUCGCCACUAAGGGGUGUGAUUUCUGCCUUGAGUACUACUGAUAUUUAAGAACACACCUUUUUAGGAGUGGGGAUAUUUCAGUGCUGCAAGUGGAAGUCCUCCAGCCUCCAAGAUGGCAAAAGGUGACCCAGCAAAGCCGAAGGGCAAAAUGUCUGCUUAUGCUUACUUUGUAAAGACCUGCCGUGAGGAGCACAACAAGAAGAACCCUGGUAUCCCGGUGAAUUUUUCAGAGUUCUCCAAGAAAUGCUCAGAAAGAUGGAAGGUUAUGUCUCCAAAAGAGAAAACUAAAUUUGAUGAAAUGGCUAAGCAGGAUAAGGCUCGCUAUGACCAAGAAAUGAUGAACUACAACCCAGGCAAAAGGGGCCGUAAGAAGAAGGACCCCAAUGCCCCUAGGAGGCCACCGUCGGGUUUUUUCCUGUUCUGUGCUGAGCACAGACCAAGCAUCAAGUCCCAAAGCCCCAGCAUGAGCAUUGGUGAUGUAGCCAAGAAGCUCGGCGAAAUGUGGAACAAUCUCUCCGAUUCAGAGAAGCAGCCCUUCCUUUCAAAGGCUACCAAACUCAAGGACAAGUAUCAGAAGGACAUGGCGGACUACAGGCGUAAGGGCAAAACUGGCGGCGGGGCGUCUGCAGGCAAAUCCAAACCCAAGGACGAUGACGACGAUGAUGAUGACGAAGACGAGGACGAGGAAGAUGAUGAUGAAGACGAGGAGGAGGAUGACUAAUGGACUUUGUAUCCCUAAUCUGAUAACAGAGGAGCUGCAGUCAUCACUGCCAGUGUGAAUUCAUAUAAGGUCUGAAACCUGCUAAUAACCAGGCCAUACAUUUGGCACCUACGGAGAGGCCCAACCUUAAGACUACUCUCUCCAAAUGCUGGUUUUGCCUGUGCUCCCCCAAACUUCUGUUAAGUGUUUUGCAAAAAAAAAAAAAGGGGGGGGGGGGGGUGAAAUGUUCCCGCUGUACAGCAAUAAGCAUCUGGUAGCAUAAGCAUACAUGUUUUAAAGCUGUAAGGUUGUGUUCCCAUAUGGCUCUUAACUUAGAAACUACAUUUUAUUUUUCUAUUCUCCCAGCUUCAAAUUGCACAAUUCAAGACUGGGGGGAUGAGAGGGUAAUGUUUUUUCAGUUCUUGGUUAGGAAUCAACUGGAGGUUUCCAAUGUAUAAUGCAUUGAAGGAUAUUUGUUUAGACUUAACGUUUUGUAUAAUAUUUGGUAAAUACGUUCAACUUGUGUGCAGGACAUUUUGGCUUUAACCAGAAGAACAUGAUCA